AUGACCACAGUUGAAAGAGUUCGCAGAAGGCCUACAAAUUCAGCAGACUCAUCCAGCAAUGUAGGCCCGGGAACUUGCCUUCAAGAAGCGGAUAUGGCCCACAGCAUGCUUGUAAGCAGUAUGAAGAGCAACAACAUGGGUAAAUGCGUCACGGAGAAGAUGUUGGCUAGAGCCAAUGAUGCUGAAAAGACGGCCUGCGAGGUGUCUCGUGGGAUUGAGGUCAUGUUGGUAUGGCAAAAGGGCGAUCGGAAAUAG